GAUGCCCCAGGGCACCUCCGGAACCACUGCAAGGGCCCUGGGGCACUCCAGGCCACUGUCCGAGACUCCCCUCCUCCCCCAGUGCCUACGGCGGCUCCUUGGCACCUCCCAGGGGCCGAGAGCCUUUUCAGCUCGCCUUUUCUCCGCAGCACCCCGAAAUACGCGUUGUUCCUCGCUCUUCCUGUAUCCCCAGAGCCCGUGACUUUCCUCCGCGACGUUUGGACUCCCGAGACGGCCUUUUUUCUUUUUGCAGGACCAGUCGCCUCACUCUCUACUACCGAGCCCAUUUUCAGGGUUUCUCUCUCCUGUUUGCUCGCUUUGGAUUUAGGGACUCAAGGCAGAAAUUCCCGAGAGGGAAACCUUUCUCCCUUUCUUGAGAUGCCCCCAUUUCCUCCAACCACAAUGCUGCUUCAACUGGGGUCACUCAAGCGACCUCUUUUAUCCCUAAUUCCUUUCUAUAUUAGGAAGAGAGUCGCCUGCUCAGGGCCCCCUCUUCUAAGAAAGAGCUCUGUGUGUUUUCAGUGUCCCUCCUGUUAAGCUUUCUGGUCCCCGGGAGAACCCUACUGUUUUCCUUUCCACUGACAAAGCCUGUCCCACCCAUAGUUGUAUGUGAUGAAGACCCCCGGGCCCUCCAGCAAGCCACCCUCCAUAUUGUGGGUAUGACAGCUGUGGAAAGAGUAGCUCCUGGACAAAAUAAAUAGUCCCUGGACUGGCCACUUGGGCAAAACUUCCUAUGUGAGGGUCAGGUUCUUGGGGGAAUACUUGCCCUGAUGUCGCCAAGUGACACCCUUUAUUUUCUGCCCCCUCCCCCCAACUUUAUGCACUCUGGAGUUUGCAGUGGGAAAGCUAUAACUGAUAAGAGCCCUUCAGGCAGUGGUUUUGGUUGGAGUCCAGACUGAUUAUUUCAGGACCAGCUAGAGAAAUUCGCGAAGGUUCCUGUGACAAAUCGAGAAUUUUUUUUUUUGAAGAGUAAUUUAGAGGGUAGGGGGAGCCCAGAGUUCUGAACAGCUAGUCCUUGGGGAGGGGGGCAAGUGGGGGCUUAGAGGGUGGUAGUGUGGAACACAAUUUAAAAGUCCUGUCUGCUGUUUCUCUCCCUCCUCCCCAUCCCCCCCACCGUUUCCCCCUGUUGCAGGGUUUUGUUUAUAUAACUCAAGUUGUUUGGCUGAAUUCUUCAGCACCAUAUGAAGGCGGAGUAUGGAAAGUUAGAGUGGACCUACCUGAUAAAUACCCUUUCAAAUCUCCAUCUAUAGGAUUCAUGAAUAAAAUUUUCCAUCCCAACAUUGAUGAAGCGUCAGGAACUGUGUGUCUAGAUGUAAUUAAUCAAACUUGGACAGCUCUCUAUGAUCUUACCAAUAUAUUUGAGUCCUUCCUGCCUCAGUUGUUGGCCUAUCCUAACCCCAUAGAUCCUCUCAAUGGUGAUGCUGCAGCCAUGUACCUCCACCGACCAGAAGAAUACAAGCAGAAAAUUAAAGAGUACAUCCAGAAAUACGCCACGGAGGAGGCGCUGAAAGAACAGGAAGAGGGUACUGGGGACAGCUCAUCGGAGAGCUCUAUGUCUGACUUUUCCGAAGAUGAGGCCCAGGAUAUGGAGUUGUAGUAGAAAAGGCACCUGCUUUUCAGAAAGACUAUUAUUUCCUAACCAUGAGAAGCAGACUAUAAUAUUCAUAUUUAAACAAAGCAAUUUUUUUUAUUACUAAACAAGGUUUUUAUGAAUAAUAGCAUUGAUAUAUAUAUAUUAUAUAUCACCCUUUAGAUCUUGAUUUCUUGGUCAUUUCUCAACCUGAGGUGCAUAGCAUAUUCCCACAUUCCAUUUGGUAGCAAUAUGCGGUCUGAAUGCAUGCAUUCAUGAGUCCAUGUGGCCAAGUCAGCCUGUGUGCUACUGAACUGUCAAAGGAAAUAGCCGCUCUGAUAGGUAGAUGUGAGUAAAAAAACAGGAAAAAAUCGCUUCUUUUAUUGAUGGUUCCAAAGAAACAAACCAAACCAACCAGCUCUUGGAUGUGAAGAUAAAAUAGUGCUUUUUUGAAAUGGAAAGGAAAAACUUGGGGAGGAAGAGGCCUGCUGUGGGGGCAUUGGAGCCAGCCACAUAAGAAUCAGAGCUGCUCCUUCCUGUGAAUCCUAGGUGGCCCUAUGUCUUCUGUGGAGUUACAGUAUAAAACAGGGAGCUAAUUAGAGUAUUAAAACUUAAAACCAUUUUUUGACUCUGAUUUUAAGUACGUUUUUUUAUGUCAGUUCCUGCCCUUCACACUACCAGGCCCUGCAGCCACAGUGUUCUGUUGGAGAAACUUGGAGAAGUGUUUUCUGAAGCAGUUCUUUUUCUUGGGGUAGAGCGUGUAAUCCAGACUUGUUUUUGAAAGGACAGCACAGGAGGAGAAAAGUGACUGGGACAAUGCUUCCUCUCAUCCAAAACACAUGCAGAGUCACAUCCUCAUCCUAGUGUUUGGCAGUUUGAGACCGCUACCCUGAACUUAAGAGCUUUAAAUGUGAGGGUUGUGUUUCUGGGGGGGUUAUUUUUUUGGUGCGUGUGUGUGUGUAUUGUGCUUAGAAGGGUUGCAGAUUUCAUCUUCACCUACCAAGAGGCGGCCGCCUCCUUGGACAAGCCGCUCAUGGACCAUUAGACUUGAGAAGACGACCCAUGUGGUGACUGCAAAGCACUGGGUACUUGCCUUCACGCUUUGGUUUGGUUUUCCCUUUUUCUGCUGCUCUUGGCAGCAGCCUGGUCAUCAUCUGCUUGUGGGAGUGGGAAAUGGGCAUUUUAGACCCAACACAGGUUCUAAAUUUAAAACAAAUAAUAAUUGGAACAAAUAAAGGUUCUUGUACCCAGAGUGAUCCUACAUGGGAAAAACAAACCAGCUUUUUUUAGAGAGUGACCGAGUAGGAAGAAGGGAUUCAGAAAUAUGAUGUAGUAGAACAUGCCCUGCAGGAAGAAAAUGUUUUCUCUCCUGUGUAUGUUAAGAGGAAAUCAGUUUAAAAUGCCUGCUAAUCAAAUGUCAACUCAGCUAACCAUCUGUCCAGGUUGCUGCAGAGUUUCUUUCAAAUCUGAAUGUUGCCUGCUGAACUCGGAGGGGAGUUUGGAGAAAUUUUAUACAGCAGCUCUGUAUUCUUUUUUUGCCGCAGCCAAUAAGAUAAUAGCCGAAUUAGCCAAUCCUAAAACCUUCUAAAGACGAUUUUUGAGCAUCCCACUGGGAUUAUUUAAUUUUUCUUUUUGACGUGUGUUUUUAGUUUAGAAGUGCUGUAUUCCACGAGGUUUAAGUCAGUGAGGUUGGAAGAUACCCUAUCUUUUUUAUUCAAAAAGCACAAUCAAUCUUUUGUUUGAAAAUCUAUAUAAAGUACAACUUGCUUUUAGCAUGAUUAUUUUCCUAAAUAAAAAGACAAAGAAUUUACUUACUUUAUGUUAAUUACGGGCAUGAAACAAAAGGUUUUCUUUAAAAAAAAAAAAAAAAAAAAGUGCAGUGAUGUAGGGCUGUGGUUAGUUAACCGUACUGAGUUAUCCAUCUAGCAUCUGUGGCUUGCUGGAAGGGUAGUAUUAACUAUUUAACAUGUAAUGGUGUACUUCACUCUUACCUAGCACGCUGUCUUCUCAUUGCUUUGGGGGAGGGAGGGUCUCUGCUGGCACUGUCUAACUUGCUUACCUGCUGACUUUGCAGUUUGCUUGUGCUAUGACAUUUAUUGUAGGUGCUAUUUAGGGUAGGCUUAAAGUGCUGGGUGGUGAUUUGAGUUCAAACAAUAAAAAAUUGUAUUUUUUCAAUAUUGUAUAAACAAUAGUGUUCUAAUUACCUAAAAAAAAUAAUGACCCAUUAAGAAUUGCUUUUGAUCUUGUCAAAAAACUGAAUAGACCCCAGUUUCGGGAAGGUGUGUGAGCAGUGCCAUGACUCUGCCCCUUACCUAAUCCCACAUCUCUCUUAUGAUAAGACAUUGGCUCGCCUCUGACCAGAGCCCCAGCACCAGAGAGCCGAAGAUGCAGAAUUGUCAAAUGACCUGCUGGGGAAGGUUGUAGGAGUUAAGCAGAUUUGAGUGUGGCUGCAGAGAGAGAGUGUGUGUGUGUGUGUGUGUGUAUGUGUGCACACGUGUGAGUGAGCAAGAAAGUAUGUGUGUGUCCAUAUAAGUCUGUAUGAUGAAGGUGGGAUAAGGCUCCUCUGUUAGCGCUGGAAGCUCCUGUAAUUGCCGCAUGGAUCCCACUGUGCCCUCUUGUUCUGUGCAAGUCUGUCCUGUCUGGGCACUAACCUUGGUCCCAUGCAUGUUUACAUUCUGGGUGGGGCUUUGCCUCUCCACUGGGAAACUGACUUUUGCUGGGUUGAACAGAGUCCCUUACGCUUUUUGUCCCCUCCCUGCGUCUGGGAGAGGUGGGAGUAGGAGCCCAAACACACAGGUACAGAAAGAUCUGGAAGAAGGCCUGGCAGUGAAUCCAAGGAUUCUGGGCCCCCAACAAUAGAUGGUAGCGUGAGUCUGGAGCCAGGGGUGUUUCACCACCAAAUGCCUUUCCAGGCUGCCCUUCCAACACUCAGAAAAGCAUCCAGAUCCCUGGGCAGAGGCUCUACGUUCUUGGCUUUAGAGGUUGGUGGCAGCGGCAGCAUGUCAGAGCCACUUCUGGCGGUUUCCCUCCCCUUUUUAGUGCCCAUAGUUUUUGGAUCCUCCCUUGUGUUUUACCAGCACAAGCCAUUCUUUGCCCCUGUUCACAUAACUGAGCUCAAGCUCUUGCCAAACACCAAUGAGCAAGAUGGUUGCAACCUGGCAACAUUGAAUCCACCACCUUUGGGCUCCCUCUGGAAGCCCCAGCACCAGGGGCUUGUGGGCACAGGGUCAGUGGUAGCCAUCUUAGACACUGGCAUUUGGCUUUGUCUUCAAUCUCAUCACCCUCCUUGAGGUUACUGUGCAGUUUCAACCAGCAUUUUAUCCUAGUGAGGUCAUUAUCAGGAGUUGCCAUAUCAUCUCUCCAGUACCUAACAUUUCUCAUCCAGUUCAAAAGCUGUUCUGACUGCCAGCUGGCUGAUCUAAGCUCCUGAGGAAUGUCUCAAAGGAAUUUUUCUCUCCAGAGGCCCCCUGAAGUCCUAGUUGGCAUUGGCCUAGCACAUGCUUUAUGUUAGGCCUCCCGUUGGGAUGGCUGAGAAUCAUGAAAGACAGAUCCUCCGCUAGCCUCUAUGGGUCAAGUUUCUAGACACCAAGUCUCUGGGAACUAGUGUUUGAUUUUAAAUGGCAUGUGGCCCUUCCUCGUUUCAGUGACUUAGAAAAGUAAAAGCCAUUUAAAAAAGUUAGCAAGAUUUUUUAUCGACUUCCCAACUGGGCUUCCAGCCUUGUUGAAUGAAAUCAAGUAUCUCUGAUUGGGCGCAACGAACUGCAUUUCUUUGGACUUCUGAAUCCAUGUUUGUGCUUUCUCUGGCCCCUGAACACCUCGGCGAUUCUGUUAGGGAUGGGAUGAGUGGGAGGAAGCCUUUUGAGAAGGGGGAGCCGGCCCUGUCAUGCUCAGGUUUUCCACUCAUCUGAGGAAGAGCCAGGGCUCUGAAUUUAGCCUAACACUCAUCUUGGCUGUGGGCUUGGGAAGAUAUGGCCAUUAUUUAUGGAUUGUAUUUGGUACAUACUGUGUGAUACUUGAAAAGAUAAAAGGGACUGCCAGCCCCUAACUGAAAUCUGAAGCUUUUUAUCGCUUAUUUUUCCUCGCCCUGUCUCCUCCCUUCCACCUUUCUCCUUGCAUUGUGAUGAUCUAGUAGGCACGUCUGUCAACAGGACACAUGCCUCCUCUGACUAUAACCUCUUAAUAGUUGUGUAUAAUGAAAACUGUAAACUUUUUUAAAUAAACGUGUAUAUACCUUGGCAAA